GAAAAGGGCGAACAACGAGGAUAAUACAAAAUUGUCACGACUAGCUUUGACGCUGGUGUUGGGGGUCAAGCUUCAGGUUCAGUUUCUUUAUUAUUAGCCACAAAGGAUAUUGAAAUAAGAAAUUGAUGAAAUUCACGUAGAAGAAUUUACUGAAUAGAUUAGCUGGACUGAAAAUAUCUUGAUAACAACUCAUACAAAUACAAACAUCACGAACAGAUGACUCACUGAUUAUAAAUAUGGUGAAAAAUAGCUAAGCAUGACCCGACUAUUUAGAAAGAAUCAAGGGAACGAAAGAUUAGGAGCAGCAAGCAGAAUAAUUUUAAAUAUUAGAGAAAAAGUCCCAGAGAGAUAUUCACAUACACCGACUCAUUGGCGGGUGGAUUGGGUGACAGCGCAAAAGAAUUCAAACCCUUGACACAUUAUUUAGCCGUUAGUCCUACCCCUACCCCUCACCUCCUCACAGCAUAUCCGAAAGUCGGUCUGUCGAAUUCCAUAGCAGCUCACGACUGACUUUAGAAAUAGGAAAGUUUGCGACUAAAGUAACCUCAUGUCCUACCAGUCCUACACAUGCUAUACAGGACACUUUGAACUGGUCUAGUGAACCAAACAGCGGAAGUGGAGGGUCGAGAGAGGGAUGCUGUGGUGAUAGAACUCCAGUCACACGGAAAAAUAAUGCAGCGACCUCUGUCGCGAUUGUGAUGUAAGAGGAUGCAGACCACCUUCCAUCUCCACUCUGAUUGGCAGCUUCUGCAGUCGGCGAUGAUGGUCGGCAUCCAGCUUCCUUGGGGACAGGUCUGUCUGUGAUAUGGGAACGGGACUGCUUGAUACUGUUUGACCCAGCAGUGGACAUAUCCAGUCAAUGGAAGCCAAGGACAGAGAAGAACUGGCUGACGAACGUAAAGAGGUGGACAAAUCUUUUAUGGCAGACCUGCUUUCCACCACUCAGUAAAAAUUAGCGUUGAUCACCCAAGUAUGACUGGCACUGGGUUCUGAAGGACUUGAGCAAGGGGCAGUUCAUGAAGAAGUCUUACCAUGGUUUCCAUGUGUAUUGUUCCCUAACACGUAUCUAGCUUUAUAUUUUCAAUCUCCCAGCAAGGAACACAACAUGUGUGCCCUAGUGUAAUUUUUGGGACAUUUAUCUCUUAAUCUCUUACUGUGUUCGCUUCUCUCAAAAGUACAUUUUACGAGGACAACCAGGCUCUACCGAACCGAUCUGUUACUCUUUCCCCAAACAACAAAAAGAAAAGUGAACAAACAAGAGGAGUUAUUAUGUUUAAGUCUAUUACAUGGUUUUAAAUCUCAUAUUGGCUUUUGUACAAAGAUGGUGGAAGAAACAAACACACUACUUGACCUAGAUGCACUUGCUCAGUCCUUGAGCAUGUCGCCCAUGUCACUGUUGUCGUGGUCACUAACGUCGGACAACGCACUCACUGUGAAUGCCCCUGAUGCUGGAGAUUUUCUACUGGAGUAUGCGCUUCUUGAAAACACCUGCGUGGAGCAGUCGCUGGUGACCUCAGCUCAGCGAAGCACGGGGAAGGCAGAUUCCACCAACUCGGACGUGUUACCUUCAGCAAGCGACUACUCCGGUUGUGCUACGGCGGCAUCAACCGCCACGACAGCAACUGCCGCAACUGAGGGCGAGGAGCAGACGAGAAGUUCGUCGUCAGGUAGUAGCUGUAGUCCUGACGAAGCAACAACGUCCGAAAGGCGAGAGCGAAAGAGAAAACCCCGGCUGGCGACUAAAUCGAGGAAAGUGCUUCCAACGUCCUCCAGCAACAAGCUUCCGCCUUGUCGCGUCUGCGCAGACCCCGCUUCCGGCUUUCACUAUGGCGUAAACUCCUGCGAGGCAUGCAAGCGGUUCUUUCGCCGAGCUCUGAGGCGCAAGAGAAAUUUCAAAUGUAGAGGCAACAAGAGCUGCACGAUAAAGGGAAAGAAACAAAGCUUAUGCGGCUAUUGUCGCUACAAAAGAUGUUUGGCCGUGGGAAUGUCGAAAAUCAACAUCAAAACCGGUCGCUACACCCAUGAAAAGCGAGCUCAGAACAUUCUGGAAAUCCAGAGAGUCGGAACCAACAGCAAACUGACCCCUCCUGACGAGGAAGUCAACCAGAUCGUUCAAAAGAUGGUUUCUGCACAUGCUCGUGUUAUUUCUAAUUUAAAUUUCCCGCUGGAAGAGAUGUAUAACCGCGCCGUGGAGUUGCACGAGGAGUUUCUUUUAAAGAAAGAAAUGUUUGGCAUUCAGGCCGUCCUGUCCCCUGACCAGUACGACGAGAUUUACCGGUCAACGGGGCUGGACGUGGACGAGCGAAGACGACACAUGGACGAGACGGCCAAGAGCAUCGACAUCUUUGUGAAGAGUUACGUUUGCUUCGGCAAGAGCGUGCCUGGCUUUAGCGACCUCCCACUCAACGACCAGGCCGACCUGUUGAAGCUGGCCAGGGUGGAGGUGUGGUUUUUGUGCGCCUACAGGGGCUUCUUCAAGGACCUGGAGGUCUUCUACCCUCCCAGCCGCAACUGCAAGAAUCGCCACGAGAUGGAGAAGCUGCUUGGCCCCGACUACGUGACAUGCGCCUUUAAUCUCGCCGCCGCUUUGCAGAAGCUGCACCUGACCAAUGAGGAGGUGAUCGUCCUGCAAGGGGUGUGCCUUACCUUCAGCGACAGGUGUGAGCUGGAGGAUGGGCCCGCGGUGGACGCCGUCCAGUGGCGCAUGCUUGGCUGCUUAUUGUACCUCCUCCGCAAGAACCACAGCAACGACCAGACUCUCUUUCACGAGGUCAUGAGCUGGACCGUGGCGGUUCGAAACCUGACAGAGCUUUCGCGGAAAGCACUCCAGAAUACUCAUUUUUCAGACGCCAUAAGAAGCAACUCUGAUCUGGGAGACAUGAUCCUUGUAAAAUCAUAACAUUCACCUUAUUUUUACUUUUGUUUUGCAUGAGGUAUUGAGGGACAUUUUUUUUUUCAUCUUUUGUACCUACAGGGUACUUGACAGGUUGUUGUGCUCUGCAUACGACAGAUUCAAGGUACUAAGAGUUCAAUGAGUCAGGAGUUCAAUGGAAGCCAUUACGAUGCAAGCAAAUUCUCUGGAAAUGGAAGAUUUUUAGUUCAAAUAGUGUUUGCCCCCACUGAGAUAAACAAGCAAGCAGUUUCACCUAAGACAAUGCUUAACAUCUUGUUAGCAGACGCCCAGUUGUGCAUAUACCCACACAAUAUUCAGUUUGCAGUUGGACACCCUUGCUCAUCAGUUGUGACAAUUUUUGGUAGUAAACAAUGGUAGACAUGCAUUACUUGAUGGAAUCAGGGAGGGGAAAAGGUUCUUUUUCAAUCGGGCAAGUCAUUUUUAUAUUUAUAUUGGGUGAAGUUUUAAGAAAAGUAAUAAGUGGACAAAGACAAUAGCCCUGAUUUUUAAAAAUGUUUUUUCUCUAUUAAGGAGUCAUUGGGGACAUUUUCUGUAUAACAAUUUACAGUCCCAAUGAAGUUGUUGUAUUUGGCAGCAGAUGGUUAUAUUAAUAAUCUACUAGAAAAGGGCUCAUGUAAGCCAUGUUCAGCCAUCAGAUACUCAUUUAUUACUUUUGUGUGGCAUUUUUUUGUCAUUCUCUGUAAUGGGCUAAGGGAGACCUGAUGUUUUAUUGCACCCGCUCUCCUAAUUUGUUAUUUCAAUUUUUAAACACAAUCUUUUUCUUACAUUUAAAAAACCCCAUGAAAUUUCCUCUACUGAAUGUGAUGAAAAUGCUUAAAAUAAAUUCCAUAUAAUACAUCAAGCUUUUGGACUUUUCCUUCUU